AUGUAUGCAAGUACAUUAAACGGUGCAGCUAUCAAUCGUACGCUGGUGAUGGCACAUCGUGGAUCGCGAUACCUGAUGCCAGAGAACACGAUUUUGGCAUUCAAGACUGCGCUCGACAUUGGCACCGAUGUCUUGGAGACCGAUGUUCGUGCGACCAAAGACGGACAUCUCGUGGUGUUCCACGACAAGCAGAUCGUCAGAACCACCGGACUACCGGGUGAAGUCGAAACACUGACAUUGGCGCAACUACAGGAGAUCGAUGCCGCCGCGAUGUUCUCGCCGGACAACGGAACGACACGUCCGUUCCGCAACAAGGGAAUACGCGUGCCACUGGCGCGCGAGAUGUUUGACGCGCUACCUCCCGCCACACCACUGAACAUCGAAAUCAAAGAGGACGACAGAAAUGUCUCGCAACUACUGUGGAGUGAGAUUGAACGAGCUUUUGACAACGGUCGUCCACACCGCUCCAUCGUAGUGAGCAGUCGUUUCUGCGCGCCAACCAGUCACAUCCGUGAGCUUGCUGCGCAAUACGCCAGUAAGCAUCAACUCACCGAGCUACCAAUUACCACUUCCGCCUGCGAGAAAGACGUCGUUCGUUUCUUGCUACUCGCUCAAUUCUUCUUGGCAAAGAUAUGGUACAGUUGGUUCCCUAUCAACAACUACGAGGUCUUCCAGAUUCCGACUGCGAGUGGACCGAUGGCGCUAGACACUCCGCGUGUCAUCGAUGCCGCGCACUACUUUGGUAAGCACGUUCACUACUGGGUGAUCAACUCGCCCGGCGAAAUCGAUAGAAUCGCAUCGCUUGGCAUCGAAGGAAUCAUCACCGAUCGUCCAGAUAACGCAGUUCGUGUACUCCAACAACGUGGAAUCAAACCACGUUCUUGGGUCAUUCCCAAACCGUUGCCAGGCAACCACACAGUAUUACAAUCCAAUACAAAGAAGAAAACAACAAGAGUUGUAAAAGUUAAAAGAAAUUAA